AGAACGGUGCAAUCUCCCGAUGUACGCUGUGUCUUGUGCAUGAAAGAAAUCUGCACGUAGGCGGAGCGCAGACAAUCAAAAUGUCGAAGAUAGACAAGCUUUCGAUCUUGGGUGUUCGCUCGUUCGACAAUACCCGCAGCGAGACUAUUCAGUUCCAUACGCCUCUCACAUUGAUUGUUGGAUAUAAUGGAUCGGGCAAGACGACGAUUAUCGAGUGUCUCAAGUAUGCGACCACCGGCGAUCUCCCACCUAAUAGCAAGGGUGGUGCGUUUAUUCACGACCCGAAGCUAUGCGGCGAGAAGGAGGUCCUGGCCCAGGUUAAACUAUCGUUCAAAGGAACGUCCGGGGCCAAGAUGGUGGCGACGAGGAGUCUCCAGCUCACGGUGAAGAAAACCACGCGGCAGCAGAAGACGCUAGAAGGACAGCUUCUGAUGAUUAAAGACGGCGAGAGGACGGCCAUCUCCUCCCGGGUGGCGGAGCUGGACCAGAUCAUGCCCCAGUACCUGGGCGUGUCGAAGGCCAUUCUCGACUCCGUCAUUUUCUGCCACCAGGACGAGAGCCUGUGGCCCAUGAGCGAACCGUCAGUCCUGAAGAAGAAGUUCGAUGAGAUCUUCGAGGCGAUGAAGUAUACCAAAGCGAUCGACAAUAUCAAGGCGCUCCGCAAGAAGCAGAAUGAGGAACUGGCCAAGUACAAGAUCAUGGAGCAGCAUGCCAAGGAAGAUAAGGAAAAGGCAGAUCGUGCAGAGAAGAGGUCGAUCAAGCUGCAGGAUGAAAUCGAGGCAUUGCGGACGGAGACGCAGCAACUCUCCCAGGAGAUGAGGCGUGUGGCUGAAUUAGCCGACAAAGCUUGGAAGGAGUCGGAGAGUUACUCCCAGAUCUUGGGAGCCCUCGAAGGAAAGCGCAUCGAGGCAAAGAGUAUCCAGACGACUCUCGAUAACUUGAAGCGACACUUGGUUGAGCUCGAUGAUUCAGAUGAGUGGCUUGAAUCGAACUUGGAACAGUUUGAGACCAAGCAACUGCAGUACCAGCAACAGGAGGAAUCGCAGAAGGAGCAUUACAUGGAGAUCAAAGAGCAAAUCGAGAACUCCCGUCACAAGCUGGGUCUCAAGCAGGCCGAGUACGGAAAAUUCGAAAAUGAUAAGGCAAACUUCGAGCGCCAGGUCGAGAGGCGGCAGCGCAUGACGAAAGAGGUUGCGCGAAGUCACAGUAUCCGUGGAUUUGACAACGUUGUGGAUCAGGCGGAUGUCGACGAAUUCAUGCGGAGAGUAAGAAAGAUUCUCAAAGAGCAAAACCAGGUAUUGGAGCGAGUCAAGCGGGAAGCACAGAGCGAGCUGCGUGAGGCCCAGGACUCUCUCAACCAGAUUGGGCAACGCAAGUCCGCGCUGCAAGAAAGUAAGAUUGCGGCCAAGCGGCAAAUAGCUUCUAAUAUCAGAGACGCGGCUACCUACCAAGCGAAACUCAAUGAGAUCAACGUCGAUGAGGGUGUGCAGGCUGCACUGGAGACAAACAUUGAAGACAUCGUUUCUCGCUUGGACCAGGCGAAAGAGCGUUCGCGAUCUGCCUCGUGGGAGAAAGAGAUCCAGAGUGUCAAUUCGGAGAUUCGCAGUCUUGAAGACGAAAGCUCUCGCCUAAACACUGAACUGAUCGAGGCGACUAAGAAGGCUGGUGAUCUGGCUCGUCUAGAUCACUUGAAGAAAGAACUCAAGGAAAGGGAGCGCAGCCUGGAAACGAUGAAAGGAGCACAUGGGGAACGGCUUUCUAAAUUGGUCAAACUAAGCUGGAGCACCGAAUCUCUAGAGCAAGAUUUUCAACAGGUUCUAGAAGAAGGAUCGAGGCAGGUCUCAAAGGCGGAGCGUGAACGCGAUGGCGUCAGCCGAGAACUGGAACAGGUGGAGUUCAAGUUGAAAGAGGCCAAAAAGUCUCUGACUCAACGGCAAAAGGAGCUCAAAGGGAGUAUUCAAGAGAUCCGUGAGGCUGUUGGUGAUGAGCCUGAGGAAUAUCCCGAAAUUGUCAAGGAGCGACAGAUCCAGCUCGAUCUCGCUAGAAAGGAUGCCGAGCAAUACGCUGGCGUCGGCUCAUACAUGAGAGAUUGUCUUGACACGGCGAAAUCAUCCAAAGUCUGUCGGUUGUGUCAGCGUGGUUUCGAAGCAGAGUCUAAAUUACAAAUCUUCAUCAAGAAGCUUGAGGGCUUGGUCAAGAAAGCCCAACGGAAUCUUGAAGACGAAGAUAUUCGGAACUUGGAGGAAGACCUCAAUACUGCACGAGAGGCCAUUACGGCCUACAACACAUGGUCGAGACUGAAGGAAACAGAAAUCCCUAGUCUCGAAAAGGAGGAAGAACAGUAUGUCCUCCAACAGGACAAGCUGCUUAGCCAGCUGGAAGAGCAUGACAAGAUCGUUAGCGAGAAAAUUGAGAAAAAGAAAGACGUCGAAGCGCUCUCGAAGACUGUCAACACUAUCGUGAAAUACGACAGCGAGAUCAAGGCCAUCCACUCUCAGAUUCAAGAACUUUCUUCGAAGCAGGAGGACAAUACUGGAUCUCGCACUUUGGAGGACAUUCAGGAAGAAAUUGCUGGUAUCGGCGAACGAUCCCGAGCUCUGAAGAAGACCCUCGCAAAGCUCACGCAUGAAAAGGAGCAGACGUUGGCGGAGACCAAUAACCUGGAGCUGCAGCUCAGAGACGCUAAGAGUAACCUGGAUAACGCCAAGUUCCAGCUGGAAAGGAAAGCAGACCUUUUGACCCGCCUCGGAGAAUUCAAGACCCUCAACGAUGAACAGCGUGCCGCGAUCGCAAAGGCAGACAAAGACAUUGAGGAUCUUACUCCUGAACUCCUCAAAUUUCAAGCGCAGUAUGACGAUAUCAGUCAGCGCGCCGAAGCACGCGAAAGAGAAUUGCAGCAAGGCAUCUCCCAGCUCUACGACAGCGUACAUCAGCUGGAGCUGGCGAACGAAGAGAUCGAUGCCUACAACGAGCGGGGUGGUCCUACCCAGCUCGAGCGAAGCAAGCGAGAACUCCAGGUCAUUGAGAGCGAGAUUAGUGAACUGGAAUCCGAGCAGGCAGCCAUCACCAAAGAGAUCAACCGAAUAUCUGCUCAACUUAAGGACAGCGAGAACACCAAGCGCCAGUACGCAGACAAUCUGACUUACCGCCAGGCGACCAGAGCCCUGGACAAAGUCAAUGCGGAGAUCGAUCAACUUGCCGCUCAGAACGCGGAGGUCGACCGGAGUCGCUUCAAGGAUGAAUCCGAGCGUCGAACGCGCGAGCACAACGCCCUCGCCGCCAAGCAAGCGAGCAAGAUGGGCGAGAUGAAGUCCAAGGACGACCAGUUGAUGCAGCUCCUCGCCGACUGGGACACAGACUACAAGAACGCCGCCAGCAAAUACAAGGAAGCCCACAUCAAGGUCGAAACCACCCGCGCGGCGGUCGACGACCUGGCUCGCUACGGCGGCGCGCUCGACAAAGCCAUCAUGAAAUACCACGGUCUUAAGAUGGAGGAAAUAAACGCUAUCAUCGGCGAGCUCUGGCAGAAGACCUACCGAGGCACGGAUGUCGACACCAUCCUCAUCCGAUCCGACAACGAGAAUGCCAAGGGCAACCGCUCGUACAACUACCGUGUCUGCAUGGUCAAGCAAGGCGCCGAGAUGGAUAUGCGCGGGCGCUGUAGUGCCGGUCAAAAGGUGCUGGCAAGCAUCAUCAUCCGCUUGGCCCUGGCCGAAUGCUUCGGGGUGAAUUGCGGCUUGAUUGCCCUUGAUGAGCCGACGACCAACCUGGACCGGGACAAUAUCCGGUCUUUGGCUGAGUCGCUCCACGACAUCAUCCGGACGCGCCAGCAGCAGGCGAACUUCCAGCUUAUAGUCAUCACCCAUGACGAAGAAUUCCUGCGGCACAUGCAGUGCGGUGACUUCAGUGAUUACUAUUACCGUGUUUCGCGGAACGAGCGACAGAAGUCCAUCAUUGAGAGACAAUCAAUCGCUGAGGUUAUGUGAUGACGUCUUCAAGCCUCCAGGCAUGAGGUAAAUAGGUCUGCUCAUCGACAGCGGGCCACAAGUGAUACACAUCACUUCUUGUAUAUUAGUGGAGACAAGCGGCAUAGGCAUGGGCCGGCGUUCAGAAAAUGCAGUCAUUCAAAAAGUAAUAAGUCAC